GCACGUAUCGUCCAGUUGUCCGGCAAACGAAUUCGUCAGAUUGGAUACAGAUGCGAGUCUUUAGCUUAUGCCCGUGCAUUCGAAUUGAUGGGCAAGCAAUACCUAGAUAUGAUUUCGCGACACGAUGGACGGGCGAAUGUCAAAAUUCGCGCCUUCCCCAAUAUAUGCCUGCAUUAAUGCGACUGAAUUUUCAAUCUCCUGCUGCAGCUACCGAGGAUAUCAAUCGGCGCUUAGAUAUGAACCCGAAUUUACGCGAGUUCGCUGCUGACGGGGCCACCGACCCGACCACCGAUUUGGGUGCCCAUCGGACCGAGACGAGAGGGGAUAAAUUCGCCAAUUUUUGUUUCGGAUUCGACAGCGGAAGCCGAGUAUCAUCCGCGCGGACCAUUCCGAGGCAUAUAAUACGCGAACAUGGGGUCACGCAAGGCUUUAUCGAGGUUAUUCGUGGUUAUUAGCCUCGCGAUACCGUUUGUUCGGCCGCGGGAUCAAGCGGCGUUAAAGAUACGGAUGGAGAGAGCGAGGGAGGGAGGCAUGCAUCGUGCUGCAGGAAGACGCCAGGCUAGUCAGCAGGGACGGUACACGCGGUUUCCAGCCGGCCAUACGAGGAAGGGAUAUAUGCAUCGAGAGCUUGAGUUGCCGGUGAUACACGAAUGCGUAUGCUCACGUUGUGCACACGGCAACAGAUUGCAAUUCCCAGCUAUGGUCAGUGCUAGA